AUGUUGUCGCGAAAUGCGUUGCGGUCCGGAAGGGCUCUGCAGCAAAGCUCGAGUCCCGCGAAGUUCGCCCGUUAUUUCUCUUACACUUGCUUGCGACAACAGAACCCGGGCGGCGCUCCCCAAGAUGGCCGAACCACCCAUUUCGGCUUCGAGACUGUGCCAGAAGCCGACAAGGAGGGCAGAGUCGGUGCCGUCUUCUCCUCAGUAGCAUCUUCAUAUGAUACAAUGAACGACCUGAUGUCGUUGGGCAUCCAUCGAAUAUGGAAAGAUCACUUUGUCCGUUCAUUGAACCCUGGUCGCAAGGACAGCGGUAAUGGUUGGAGCAUACUUGACAUUGCUGGUGGUACAGGAGACAUCGCGUUCCGCAUGCUGGAUCACGCCACGAACAUCAACCAGGAUAGCAAGACGAGAGUCACCAUCUCGGACAUCAACCCGGAUAUGCUCGAAGAAGGUCGGAAACGGUCCUUAAACACGCCGUAUGGGAAUACCGAUCGCCUGAGCUUCCUGCAAGGAAACGCAGAGUCAUUACCUACCAUCGAAUCCAACUCGAUCGAUCUCUACACCGUUGCGUUCGGGAUCCGCAAUUUCACCAAUAAGGAUGCAGCCUUGAGAGAAGCGUUUCGUGUCCUCAAGCCGGGAGGUGUCUUUGCGUGCCUCGAGUUCAGUCACGUUGAUAGCGCAGUGUUCAACGCUGUCUACAAGAGGUGGAGCUUCGGUGCUAUUCCCCUGAUCGGUCAGUUGGUAGCUGGUGACCGGGACAGUUACCAGUAUCUGGUGGAGAGCAUUGAGCGUUUCCCAACACAAGAACAAUUCAAGGGCAUGAUCGAAGAGGCAGGCUUCAUGACUCCUGGCCAGGGGUACGAAAAUCUGAGCUUGGGUAUUGCCAGCAUUCACAGAGGUGUCAAGCCGACUUGA